CGACGAUCUCGCGGGACUUGGCGGCGGCGCCAAGAUGGCGGAGGCGGUGGUGGAGCUGCUGGAGCGCGCGGCGCGGCAGGAGGCGCCUCUGGAGGAGCUGCGCGCACUGCGGCUCGCCGUGCAGGCCGUGCCGCCCGCCGCCCUGCGCGCCCGCCUCAGCGAUGAGCACCUGGCAGCGCUCUUCAACCUUCUCGGCACCAGUGAACGGGAGCAGCUGUCCGCCUGCGUUGCCGUCCUGGAGAGGCUCCUGCAAGCCCUGGACCCGCUUUACGUGAUCCAGAACCUGCGGGAGGAGUUGCGGAAGGGGCUGUUCCACCCCGACGACUCCGUGAAGAUCCUCUCCAUAUCCCAGGUUGGGAGGAUUGUUGAAAAUUCAGAUGCUGUUAGAGAAAUUCUCAACACUCCUGAACUACUACGGCAGAUAAUAAAUUGCAUUGGUGGUGAGAAAAUAGCAGUGGCUAAAGAGGCCAUCAAAUCUCUCUCAAGAAUAGCCCAGACACAAGAUGGCUUAGAGGCUUUGUUUGUGAGCAGCUUAUUAAGUGACUUGAAAAAUGUCAUGGCAACAAAUGAUGUUGUUCGGUACAGAGUGUAUGAGCUAAUUGUUGAGAUUUCUUCAGUGUCAGCGGAUUCACUUAAUUACUGUGCAAACAGUGGAUUAAUAUCAGACUUAAUUGGAGAGUUGACUGGAGAUGAUGUUCUGGUCAGAGCCACGUGCAUAGAGAUGGUGACUUCAUUGGCUCAUACUCCCCAUGGACGUCAGUAUCUUGCUCAGCAAGGAGUGAUUGACAAAAUUUCUAACAUCAUCAUUGGUGCAGAAUCUGAUCCUUUCUCAGGCUUCUACUUACCAGGAUUUAUUAAAUUCUUUGGAAACCUGGCUGUUGUCGACAGCCCACAGCAGAUCUGUGAGCGAUAUCCUGUCUUUAUGGAGAAGGUCUUUGAAAUGGCAGAAAGUCACGAUCCAACCAUGAUUGGAGUCGCUGUGGACACGCUAGGAAUCCUGGGAUCAAGUGUGGAAGGCAAACAGGUUUUACAGAAAGCAAGAAGCAGAUUUCAGAAUCUGUUAAACAAAAUAGGGCACCAGGCAAAGAAUGCACCCACGGAGCUGCGGCUUCGAUGCUUGGAUGCUGUUUCAUCUCUUCUCUACUUGCCUCCAGAGCAGCAGACAGAAGACCUUCUAAGAAUGACUGAGUCAUGGUUCACAUCCUUGUCCAGCCAACCACUGGAACUCUUCAGGAGCAUCAGUACUCAGCCGUUCCCUGAUCUGCACUGUGGAGCUCUAAGGGUGUUCACUGCUAUUGCAAAUCAAGCUUGGGCCCAGAAGUUGAUGCUCAACAGUCCAGGGUUUGUGGAAUACAUUGUAGACAGAUCUGUGGAACCUGACAAAGCUUCCAAGGACGCCAAGUAUGAACUGGUGAAGGCCCUUGUAAACUCUAAAACAAUUGCAGAAAUCUUUGGAAAUCAGUAUUACCUGAGGCUUAGGGCUUAUUUGAAUGAAGGCCCUUAUUAUGUCAAAGCAGUUUCUACUACAGCUGUGGAAGGAGCAGAGUAAAGUCACUGAUGUCUCAAUUCCCCUUCUUACAAACCACGUUACUGAGAUAGGUGUUAAGAUGUAAGGUGUGAAGGAUUCCCCACACAGGAGCUGUGUGUCUCUUUAAAGGAACAUGAAGCACUUUGACUCCAUUUGAAAUGAGGGUCAUGAGAGCAAAUCAAUUCUUACAGGGCACAAUGUAAUUUUUCAUGGGAUCUCCUGGCAGAGUUUUCCCGUGUGCUGUUCUGAGUCAAGUGAGUGCAGUGAGCACUGCUGGCUGCUGACUGUGUCUUAUUGUGCAGAAGCUGUCAAUGUUUACUUAAACUGUUUUGAGGUUAGAGUUCCUAUCAUGUUUUCUCAGUAGAUCACAGUACAAUUAAAAAAAAAAUUAAAAAAGGCAAAAAACUGUUGAGGUUUUGUAACCUCACAUGCUGCCAUAGUUUCUCUUUUUUAAAAAACAUUUUUUUUUUAU